UCAGUCUCUCGCUUAUUGUGUGAGCGAGUCGGUUAGCUAUAUUUUCCCAACUUAGUUGUAUCAACUUGGGGUUCAGGAAUUAUAUCCUGUCCUAAAUCCGACUAGAAGGUCGACAACGAGACCACUUGUCGGUCGGUUGUGUAGCAGUGUCUAAUAUUGAGCCGGGUUUCUGGUGUUAUUCCUUUGUAAAUACUGUUAUUUGUAUAUACUGUAAAUGAUGACGUCCAUGGGCGGGAACCGAGCCCGGGGCAGCUGGGAGCAGACACAGGGCCAGACACAGAGUCAGACACAGCACAAGCAGAGGCCUCAGGCUACCGCAGAGCAGAUCCGACUUGCGCAGAUGAUUUCAGACCACAAUGAUGCAGACUUUGAAGAGAAGGUCAAACAGCUGAUUGACAUCACAGGCAAGGACCAGGAUGAGUCAAUGAUCGCACUGCACGAUUGCAACGGGGAUGUCAACAGAGCCAUUAACGUGUUGCUGGAGGGUAGCCCAGACACUGACUCUUGGGAAAUGGUGGGGAAGAAGAAAGGGGUGUCUGGCCAGAAGGAGACUAGCCAGGCAGAGACUGGAGAGGAAGGAAAAGAGAACCGGGAGAAAGGAGGAGAGAAAGAUGUAGCACGUCGUCGAGGUGGAGCUCCACGUAAGGGCCGUGGAGCCAGCAGGGGACGAGAGUUUCGUGGUCAGGAGAACGGCUUGGAUGGAGGCAAGGCUGGAGUAGCUGGGAGAGGUGCAGAGCGAGGCAGAAGGGGAAGAGGCAGAGGAAGAGGGACUGUCGGAGUAUCUGGACGGCGAGGAGGCAGAUUUUCGGCACAGGGCAUGGGCCAGAUUGAUAAGGGGCCCAGAUAUGAUAUUGCAGGAGGUGAGAGAACAUUCAACCCUGCUGACUAUGCGGAGCCAGCCCAGACAGAAGAAAACUAUGGAGGGGGCAGCACCUGGAACAACACAGGAAGUGUGGAGCUAGAGGAGGGAGCUAGGUUGGAAUACGCUGCAGGAGAGGGAACAAAUUACCCACCCAAGUUUGACUCUGCUCCUGGUGCCUGGAGGACCGCCACAGAGGAGUGGGGCACUGAGGACUGGAAUGAGGAUCUUUCAGAGACCAAGAUAUUCACAGCUUCCAGUGUGGCGUCAAUGCCUCUGCCUCAAGAGAAUGUUACCAUCACCAAAGGACAGAGGAUUGACCUUGCAGUGCUCCUGGGGAAGACUCCCCCGUCCUCCUCCUCAGAGACAGAAAACCCCCCCAUGGAGGCCACCCAGCCCCCCUCUUUGUCCCAGUCACUGGUUUUCAGCAACUCCAAGCAAGGGGUGCCACUCUCCCAACCAUCCUCCAGCACCCCAUACACCCAGCACAGCAUGGUUAGCAUGCUGAGCAAGGGUUUCGGGGAUGUGGGAGAUCCUAAGGGAGCGAGCACAGGGACCACUGGCUCUCAGUUCCUGGAGCAGUAUAAAACAGCGCAGGCACUGGCCCAGCUGGCAGCCCAGCACUCUCAGACUGGACCUCCCAACACAGCCCCUUCAUCCUGGGACACCAGUGCCACCUCACUGGGACAAUACGAUAUGAAGACUCAGCCGGAGUCUGCGGUCCAUACGCCCUUUACAAAGCGGCAGCCCUACCAGGCUGCCACCUCAACCUCGUCCAUGUUGGAUGUUUUCCUGCAGGACAAAGGCCUGCCUCCUUCCUCUGCGUCUUCUUCCUUACCCCAACAAACUGCAUCCUCACCCCAUGUGGUGCCUCCACCUGCUUCCUCCCUUCCUAAAAUGGCAGCAGUCCCCUCUCUAGGUCAGCAAGUUUCCCCAAGUUCCUCAGAUGCCCAGGGUUCGAGUCCGCUGCCUCUGCAGCAACACAAACUCAAACAGCAGAAGAAAAGGACCUCCAUCACAACAAAGAUUCCUGCAAUGGCAGUAGAGAUGCCAGGCUCAACAGACAUUUCAGGCCUCAAUCUUCAGUUUGGAGCACUGCAGUUUGGAUCAGAACCAGUUCUAUCAGAGUACGAGUCCACACCCGCCACCACAACACCAGCCAACCAGGUUCAGAACAGUCUCUACACAAGCCCCAGCAGUGAGUCAACUCCAGCUCUCUCCAACUCCAGCCAGAUGGACCUGUAUGAUCAGAGAGCAUCUCAGACUCGACGCUACCCUCCCUCAGUUUCCUCUUCCCCUCAGAAGGAUAUGCAGCCCAAGAAUGGCUUCAAUUCAAUACAAGCAACGCAGUCAGUUGAAGCUGCAGCAGGCUCUGCAGUAUCGGUCAAACCGGUCUCUGAUUCGGUCACGCCUGUCUCUAGUAUGGGCACUUUGACUGACAGUGGCUCUGCUUCCUUGUUGACUACAACCAAUCAGACAUCCCUCAGCAGUCUGGGGCACAGUGAAGACCUGCCUCCAAGCACCAUGCCCCCUCCUCAGCACAACAACUCUCACCCAUCACAACAGAACAGCCUUGCUCCAUCAUCAGUGCGGACAUCCAACUCAAGCUUACUGCAUCCCAACGUAGAUGGUGACUCGAGCCUGCACUCGUCCUCCUUCCCCUCCUCCGUCUCAGCUGUGCCGUCUUCAUCAGUCCCCUCCUCUUCCUCGGUGGCUGCUGCACAGGUGUCCCUAGGAGCCCCUCAGGCCUCCUCUGUGGGAUCUGCUACAGUUUCAGCCCCCUCUGGCCUCGGCCCCGUCAGCAGUCUGGCCAUGGGCCUCAACACUGCCUCCAUGGGUGCUCCAGCUGCAGCAAUCGCUGCUGCUUCAGUCUCCUCAACGGCCAUUCCUUCUUCUGCUACUUCCUCAUCCUCACGCAGCUCUGCAGCAUCCUCAGGGAAAGCACCUCCAAACCUGCCACCUGGAGUGCCCCCUCUACUGCCCAACCCAUACAUCAUGGCCCCCGGACUACUGCAUGCCUACCCUCCUCAGGUGUAUGGCUAUGAUGACCUACAGAUGCUGCAGACAAGAAUACCGCUGGAUUAUUACAGCAUCCCCUUUGCAACUCCCACAACAGCACUGACUGGCAGAGACGGCAGCCUGACAAGCAACCCGUACUCUGGCGACUUAUCAAAGUUUGGUCGAGGUGACGCAUCAUCCCCAGCUCCAGCCACCACAUUAGCUCAGACACAACAGAACCAGACCCAGACGCAUCACACCACACAGCAGCCGUUCCUCAACCCCGCGCUGCCGCCUGGCUACAGCUACACGAGCCUCCCAUACUACACUGGCAUGCCAGGCCUGCCCAAUACCUUCCAAUACGGACCUGCUGUGUUUCCGGUGGCUCCUACCUCGUCAAAGCAGCACGGUGUGAAUGUCGGCGUGAAUGCAUCAGCCACACCCUUCCAGCAGGCUAGUGGCUAUGGUUCCCAUGGAUACAGCACUGGCUAUGAGGAUGUGGGCCAGGCUUCAGGGAGUGGGGAUUUCUGUAAGGGCGGAUACGGCACUGCCGUGGCCGCUGCCGCUUCUGCACAAAACAAGCCAGCCAGCUCUGUCACCGGGCCUGGAGUCGGAGUUUCUGUGACAUCAAGUAAUACGGGGGUACCAGAUAUUUCAGGGUCUGUUUACACAAAGACGCAGUCGUUCGAGAAGCAGGGUUUCCAUGCUGGCACGCCAGCAGCUUCGUUCAGCCUGCCCUCGGCUCUGGGGAGCGGGGGACCCAUCAACCCCCCGGCUGCCGCUGGCUACGCCCCGGCCCCCUUCAUGCACAUCCUGGCACCGCACCAACAACCCCACUCUCAGAUUCUGCACCACCACCUGCAGCAGGAUGGACAGAGCGGCACCGGACAGCGCAGCCAGAACGCCUCCAUUCAGCAGAAGUCUCAGAUCAACAAGUCGGCAUACAACAGCUACAACUGGGGGGCAAACUAACAUCCACUGUCGGGCCCCCCCCCCCACACACACACACACACACUGUUGACAGAAGCAAGAAGGGGGCUCAUCACUCCUUCCGAAAACAGUCUCCACAUAUAAACUCCCUCUUCCUCCUGCAGAGAUUCCCUCCCCAGUCUCUUGGCCCAGCACUCCUGCAGCUCUGACCGCAGUCAGAGGAGGUGCUGUGCCGAGAGAACGAGCACUGUAUGGAUGCAUGGAAGGGUGGGAGGGACAGGAGGGGCUUAGAAGAGAGGGAGAUGGGAGCUUAAUGGUUAUAGAAAUAACACCAUCAAGAGGUGAAAUAUUGAGUGUUGGGAUUUGUUAAUGUUUAUCCUCCAGCCCCUCCCCUUUUUUCUUUGACUUGUAUGUAACAUAGAACUGUUUUCUAAAAGAAUGAACGUUUCCUGUAUGGUCUUUUUUUUUUUUUUUUUUUUUUUUU